AUUAAACCUGUCAAUGUCACCUAAAUGUUGCUGUCCUCGUUUUAUUCACCCACACAGAUGGGCCUCACUGCUGUAUCUGUGUUUCUCUUUUUUUUAUCAGUCUGUUAAUUUGAUGUGAGUGCUAUUUGUGAUAAUUGUUAUAAAUUUUUGAAAAUAAAUAUAGUUCUUGUUAGAAAAUGUCCAAUUUCCACAGAGUAGAAGUAAAUAAAACAGUUUGGGAGGUGCCAGAAAGGUACCAAGCACUCUCAACAGUCGGAUCAGGUGCAUACGGACAAGUUUGUUCUGCGCUGGACACAGUAACAAAUAAAAAAGUAGCAAUAAAGAAACUAGCCCGUCCAUUUCAGACAGCUGUGCAUGCUAAAAGAACCUAUAGAGAAUUAAAAUUAUUAAAGCAUAUGAGGCACGAAAAUGUUAUAGGAUUGUUAGAUGUGUUUUAUCCAAAACAUGAUAAUAGUCAGAUAUAUUUAGUUACACAUCUUAUGGGAGCUGAUUUAAAUAACAUAAUUAGGACACAAAGACUAACAGAUGAUCACGUGCAAUUCUUAGUAUAUCAAAUUCUUCGUGGGCUCAAGUACAUACAUUCUGCAGGCGUUAUACAUCGAGACUUAAAACCUUCGAAUAUAGCUGUAAAUGAAGACUGCGAAUUGAAAAUAUUAGACUUUGGGUUGGCUCGGCCUACAGAAACGGAAAUGACUGGUUAUGUGGCAACUAGAUGGUACAGGGCACCAGAAAUUAUGUUAAAUUGGAUGCACUAUAACCAAACUGUAGAUAUUUGGUCAGUAGGGUGUAUAAUGGCUGAAUUAUUAACAGGAAAGACAUUGUUUCCUGGAACAGAUCAUAUUCAUCAGCUCAACCUUAUUAUGGAAAUUUUGGGAACGCCUAGUGAAGAAUUCAUGCAAAAAAUUACGUCAGAAAGCGCACGAAAUUAUAUCAGAUCGCUUCCACACAUGCCUAAAAAAGACUUGCAUCUGUUCAUAGUCGGUGCGAAUCCAUUAGCAAUAGAAUUACUUGGCCUUAUGUUAGAGCUCGAUAGUGAGAGAAGGAUAACCGCCGAACAAGCAUUAGCGCACGCCUACCUUGCAUCUUACGCCGACCCAAACGAUGAACCCACUUCGGGGCCUUACGAUCAAAGUAUUGAAGACAUGAAUUUGCCAGUUGAAAAGUGGAGAGAAUUGGUGUUGCAAGAAGUGAAUUCCUUCGUGUAUAUUCCUCCACAAAAUGAUGAAUAAAAUUAGAGAGAAAGAAUCUAAACGUUCAAUCUAGAGUAUAUUGUACAAAUAUAUUUACAUUAAUUUUAUAAUAUUUUAUUUGAUCUUAAUUGAAAUAUAAAAAUGAGUUCUAAAUCUUAUGUACAUGAGCGAGUAUAAUACAAAAAAUCGUUUUUUUUUUUUUUAAUUUUAAUAGAUUACAAAAAAUAAUUUCUUAAUUUAAAUAGGGUCUGAUGUGAUGUAUUUUUUUAUAAUCUACCCGAGUAUACAAUUAUUUAUAGAAAAUAAUUUAACUUAAAAUAAAAUACUGUUCAUAAUAAAGAAUUGUAAACUAAUCACAAGUCUUUCUUUUGUUCGAAGUCAAUCACAUUUAUUUUUUACACUUUGCUACGUCAUGUAACUUUUUCCACAGAUCGUACUGUUCAGCACUCUUCACCAUGUGUAUGCUGAUCUCCUUCUGGAUGUUGCAGGGCGUGAACGAAACGCGUUUAUUAAUAAAUUCUGGUACAUGUACCCGUUUAAUCUUCAGUCCGUUUGCCACAAUACCAGUGACAAAAACAUCUUCGAGUUUAAAAUACGUAUAGUUUAGAGACGCUAGAUAAAGUUCUUUAGCUAUAUGAGCUGGAAAUAAAUAAGCGGGACCCGUAGUGAAAUCUGGAAAAACUGUAGGUUUAUAUUGUUGCGGAGAAAUAUAGUACUUAGAUUGUUUUCUCCUAAUUGGCUUCCAUUUCCUGGCCAAUCGGCCAUAUAUUACUCGUUCUUCAGGCUUGUGUUUGCUAAUAAAUGCUAAAAGACGCGAGACGUUUAUAAACAUGUCAUCAUCUGUCUUAAGUACGAACUGCGCCCUCGAACAUAGAUUAUCCACCCAUUCGAGCAUGGAUAUGGUCUUCAAAGUAAGAUUGUCAUACGUGUCUAUAAAUUUUCCUCUAAUAAUAUCACCAUACAUUUCUUGUUCUUUUUCUAUCCUAUCAUUUACAGUCUGAUUUGAAGUGGAACCUAACAUAAAAGCUAUGACUAUGUCUUUUCUUAUAGCAAAAUGACCCCAUGUUUCCCUUACAGCUAAUCUGGCACUUUCAUGACUUGGGGCCGACGUAAUAGCUAUCAGCAGUUUGAGAUCUUUACCCAUGUUGAGGCAUAUUUCAGAAGUAUGAUGCAUGUGGCCGGCUUCGUAGAUUUUCUCUGCUGCUACCCCUUAAAAAAAG